GUAUUUUAUAACAAAUUGUCUUUGUUGUUCAAAUACGAAUGUGUCUCAAUAACCCAGUCCUUUUCUAUCCGAUUUGCGCUGAUACACGAAAUUGGAAACCUUCCAAUAUGUCAGCAGCCCCACCACAAUCAGUCCAAGUAUUUGGUCGCAAGAAAACAGCCACUGCAGUUGCUUUUUGUAAGCGUGGCAAUGGUUUAAUUAAAGUCAACGGACGACCCUUAGACUUAGUAGAACCUGUUACUUUACGAAUGAAAGUUCAAGAGCCAGUUCUUUUAUUGGGUAAAGAACGAUUUGCCGGUAUUGAUAUCCGAGUACGUGUUAGAGGCGGAGGGCAAAUCGCUCAAUUAUAUGCUAUUCGUCAAGCAAUAUCGAAGGGCAUUGUUGCAUAUUAUCAAAAAUUUGUAGACGAAGCAUCCAAGAAGGAAAUCAAAGACCUACUUGUUCGUUACGAUCGUUCAUUACUUGUUGCUGAUCCACGACGAUGCGAAGCUAAAAAGUUUGGUGGCCCUGGUGCUCGUGCUCGAUACCAAAAAUCAUACCGUUAAGAUAUGGUGGUGUAUUAUGGACAUUAGCAAAUGUAUCCAAAUUGUCAUAAAAAAAUAGAUCACAUGACCAA